AUGACUUCUCCGCGGCUGGAGUUCAAACGGGGCACGAAUUAUGAGACUUCAAAUGUUAUGGUGCGACAUAAGUGUACCGCAUCGGUGAAGACGGGACAACACAGCCUGCCUCUGAACGACGAGGACGGCAACCCAGGUCGCCUAUACGAGAAUCACAGGACGGGUUUUAUCAUGGAAUUCCUGAUCUGUCAUGCCACGCACAACGCAUUCCUGCCCGAACAGUCACGAGACUGCACAAUAGUGCUUGCAAGUGCGAUUCGUACAGUUACUACGCACAGCAUGUACGGCCCUAUGAAGGCUUCCCGGCUGGACCUCAUGGCCAUUAACAUCCAACGUGGACGGGACCACGGAUUGCCCAGUUACGUUAAUAUGCGGAAAGCCAUGAACUUGGACCCAAUCACCAAGUGGGAAGAUAUCAAUCCCACGCUUAGUCAAAGAAAUCCAGAGGUUAUCGAGCGACUGAAGCAGGUCUAUAACGGUGACAUCUCCCGGCUGGAGCUGUGGCCGGGGGCUCUGGAGUGCCAGGGGGGGCCUGGGCCCCUGUUCUCGCGCAUUCUCGUCGACCAGUUUGAGCGCAUCCGCGACGGGGACCGCUUCUGGUUUGAGAACACCAACAACGGGAUGUUCACGAAGUCGGACGUGGAAGCUGUUCGAAGGACGAAAUUCUCGAGUGUCCUGCAAGCCGUGAUGAGGGUCAAUAACCGCACCAUCCAGGAUGAAGUGUUCUUCUGGAGAGCUGGAAACCCUUGCCAGCAGCCCAAGCAGCUCGCCCUGAGCGACCUGGAGCCGUGCACGCCCCCGGAGACCAUCGACUAUUUCUCAGGAAGUACGGGCAGCUUCGCAGCCACCAUCGUGGCGCUUCUGCUGCUGCCUGUAGUGUGCAUUUUAGUGUUGUGCAUCGUGUCGCGCCAACGGAAGAAAAGCUUUGAAAAAAUGAAAGAUCAGCAGCAGCUGAAGACGGGAAAGAAGCCCGGAGCAGAUGGAAUUCAUGCCAGCGAAUGGCAGGGCAAGAAGGAACCCCUGCGGGACGUGCGGUUGAGGUUCGACGACGCGGGCUCCAUCAAGGUGCUGGACUGCGCCGGGGCCCUGCUGCGCAGCCUCGAGGUGAAGGCCCUGUCGGGCGUGGAACUGCUCUCCGCCAGUGACAGGGGCAACCUGCUGCUGGUGCACGUGCCCAAAGAGUACGACCUGGUGAGGCAGCAGCAGCAGCAGCACCGCACCGUGACGUCACCUGGCGUGCUGCGCACCGGCGUUGUGCCGUGCACCGUCAAGAGGUCAAGGGCCAAUGCCGUUACGAGUGUGCGAUACCGCGCACGAUAUGUGUCACCGCCUCAAUGUAUGCACGUUCUGUUUUUUGAUUCCGAUUUACAGCGAACUAGAUUUCAAGAAGAUUUGGAUACAUUCUUAAGACAAUUUGAGCGUCACUUCAUUUCCAAAUCCGGUGGCAAUGAAAAGUUCCUGCUCAUGAAUGCAGUUACAAAAGAGCAACGGCAACUCAUACUGGAGACAUACUUCAGAAAGAUCUUUGCAACGGUUUUGCAGAUUGAAUCAUUUGGACCACAAGACGAGCUGAAUGUGAGCGCCGAGCCGAUGAACGAAUCACCUGUGAAGUGUGAGCUGUCCCCCAGUGAGCUUGGGGACUUGUUAGGCCUUAAACCCGACUCUACUUUCCUGCAACACAUGUUUCGUCUGGCGGAUGGAGACAAGAAUGGCUACCUGUGCUUCAGCGAGCUUCUAAGCGUGCUGCUAGUCUUCAUCAAAGGAACUGCUGAGGCCAAAUCUAAGCUGAUGUUCCGUAUGUACGAAGUCAGCCAAACUGGCUGCAUGACGAAGGAAGAAUUUGAAACUAUGCUUAGGUCGUUUCUGGAGUUGUCCGAUUACAGUUUGCCAAAGGAGGAGGAGGACAGCAUCAUGGAGUCGGUGUGCAGCGAGUACGGCCUCAACGGCAAAACAGAAUUCACGUGGCAGGACCUGCACAAGCUCUUGAAUGAGCACUACCAUGAUGCCAGCAACCUGCAAAUCCACGUCGCUGGGAUGCACGUGCCAAAGACAAAGAGAAUCGAGCACACCAUCUCCUUCAUCCAUCAUCGCAAAUCGCACGAUGGCCCGCGAGGUCGCUUGUUUACAGAAGCCCGGCGUCAACACUACAAUCGAAGCAAGCUGGGGCAGUCGAUGCAGGCCGUCAAGCGCUACGUGGAAAACUACCGCCGCCACAUCUUCUGCGUGGUCAUCUUCUACGGAAUCAUGGCCGGCGUCAUGGUCGAGCGCGCCUACUAUUACGCAGUUGGUGCAGAGCACUUUGGGAUCCGGCAGGUGACGGGCGGGAUCAUCCUGUCGCGCGGCACGGCGGCCGGGAUUUCAUUCUGCUACUCGUUCAUCCUCCUCACCAUGUGCCGGAACAUCAUCACGGCGCUGCGCGAGACGGCGCUCAACCACUACAUCCCGUUCGACUCGGCCGUGGAAUUUCACAAAAUCAUCGCAAUGACCGCCGUCAUUCUGUCCAUCCUGCACAGCAUUGGCCAUGUCGUGAACGUGUACCACUUUUCAGUGCUGCCACUCAGCGUGCUGUCCUGCCUCUUCCCAAACGUGUUCUUCAAUGACGGGUCCGAGAUGCCUAAAAAGUUCUACUGGUGGUUUUUUCAAACAAUACCAGGUAUGACAGGUGUGCUGAUACUGGCGGUGCUUGCGGUGCUGUACAUAUUCGCCAGCCGCUUUGCCCGCAGUCACACCUUCAAUGCCUUCUGGAUAACCCACCAGCUGUACAUCCUACUCUAUGUUUUGACCAUUCUGCACGGCAGCGUUGGCCUCAUCCAGAAGCCUAUGUUCUACAUA